AGCACGAGUGCAAUCAUGUCCGGUCGGGGCAAAGGCGGCAAGGGGCUCGGCAAGGGAGGCGCUAAGCGCCACCGCAAGGUGCUGCGCGACAACAUCCAGGGCAUCACCAAGCCGGCCAUCCGCCGCCUGGCUCGGCGCGGCGGCGUCAAGCGCAUCUCGGGGCUCAUCUACGAGGAGACGCGCGGUGUGCUCAAGGUGUUCCUGGAGAACGUGAUCCGCGACGCUGUCACCUACACGGAGCACGCCAAGAGGAAGACCGUCACGGCCAUGGACGUGGUCUAUGCCCUCAAGCGCCAGGGUCGCACUCUCUACGGCUUUGGUGGCUAAAUCAAAGUCAUUUGAAUUUAUUUAGUUCUAAACACAAAGGCUCUUUUCAGAGCCACGCAUAAAUUUCACAAACA